AUGGCUUCUUACGCCGUCCUGGGGGCCACUGGCAACACUGGCCAAGCCUUGAUCAACAUCCUGCUUCAAUCCCCAGAGAAGAAGAUUCACGCUUACUGCCGCUCCAAGCAAAAGCUCCUUCGCCUCACACCACAGCUAGCCGACAACAAGAACGUCAAAGUCUCCGAAGGAAGCCUCAAUGAUACGUCCAUCAUCGCAGACUGCAUCCGCGGCACCCGGGCGGUCUUCCUCGCAGUUGCGGUGCCCGACAACAUGCCUGGCAUGACCAUCGCCCAAGACACUGCUAGAGUCACGGUCGGCGCUCUGCAAAGUAUCAGAGCAGGAAACGAGAAAGCUGUCUUGCCCAAGGUUAUCGUGCUCUCUUCUGCCAAACUCGACGACAAUCUUUGCCAAAACAUGCCUCACGCGAUGAAAGUCCUCGUCAAACUCGCCACCUCCAACCAAUGCGCAGAUCUGGAAGAGUCGCAGCGCAUCCUCACCGCCGAGCGGCAUUGGAUCUCUUCAACGUUCAUGAUGCCAGGGGGUCUGGUCCAAGAUGCACAGAAGGGACAUGCACUCUCGCUCGAGACCGAGAAGACACCGCUUUCUUACCUGGACCUUGCGGCAGGGAUGGUGGAGGUCGCGGACAGCGGGGAUGAGUACCACAUGAAGAAUGUCAGUGUAAUUCCUACAGGGACUGGCGUUAAGUUCCCUUAUGAGAGUCUGCUGGAGGUGGUGAAGGGGUUGCUUGCGCAUUACUUUCCUUGGACUUAUCGCUAUACUGGUGCUAUGCCAAUGCCGGUUUUGCCGCAAAAGAGGGUGUAA